UUUUUCAGCUCAGAAGAUAAGAUAACUGUGCACUUCAUAAACCGUGAUGGUGACAAACUAACAGCCAAAGGAAAACCAGGGGAUUCACUGCUGGAUGUUGUUGUUGAUAAUAAUCUAGACAUAGAUGGUUUUGGUGCCUGUGAAGGAACGCUAGCCUGUUCAACUUGUCACUUAAUCUUUGAGGACCACAUAUUUGAGAAACUGGAUGCAAUUACUGAUGAAGAGAUGGACAUGCUAGACCUAGCGUACGGCCUCACGGAAACAUCACGUUUGGGCUGCCAGAUCUGCUUGAAGAAAUCUAUGAAUGAUAUGACUGUUCGAGUACCUGAAGCUGUUGCUGAUGCUAGACAAUCGAUAGACUUGAGUAAAAACUCCUAGAAGAAAAUAACUUAGGGGUUUUAAAGAAACUUAAUUAUUUUUAUAACUUAUUUUUAAAUGUGUAAUUAAAUACAGAAGCUUACAUAAUUGUGAGUUAUUUUAUAUUGACUAUCAAUAUUAGAUUAAUGGUAUUUUGACUUUCUUUAUAGAACCUCCUAUAUUUUUAUGCUUAAAAUGCAAUAAUACUUCUUCUAAGUGAUGAUUGGACUAUAACUGUUAGUGAGAUAAGUGUAAUACAGAUUUCUUACAAUAUUAAUUCUGCCAAAACUUUGAGUGGCAUUUGAACACUUGGAUCACUUCUAAAAGGCUUCCUAUAAAAAAGGGCAUUUCUAGGUUUAAGACCUAGGUAUGUAAGAGAACAAAACUUAGCAGACUACAUGGGGUC